CCACGGUCCACCCACAGGUAGAUCCCUCACGUCGACAUUCGUUAUUGCUUCAACAUCAGAUACGUCGAGAAAGUGCUUCUCGUCGCCAUCGAUCGUUGCUCCACAUCCUCACUGUCCUAGAAAGCUUGGGCACCCACUCCACUAGCGAUUGAGUCGACACAGCCCACAUCGACACACGUCCUCGAUCCUCCACGAAUACCACCUGCAGGACACCCGCAGGACACCCACCUCAGCGCAUUGGGAUAACAGAACCACCGCCAACAUGCCAUCCGUCAGUAGCAAGGGCAAGGCUGCAAAGCCUAGCUCGAAGAACUCUGGACCACCGCGCAGCCGAAAUACCACUCCCCUUCCACCCACCACCGCGCGGGCGUCUGUUGAACCCGCUUCGUCUUCCGCGUACUUUCGGUCCCCAAUGACGUCUCUAUCCAAGGAAAUCGAAUUGUCUCUCGAAGAUCUAAUGGAUCGCGCUGGAAGCGCAUCACAAAUACCUUCUGGCUCAGCUCUCAACAAUAUGCGCGAAUCGGUGCAAAAGAAGGUCAUGGACCAUAUACGGGAUCGGAACGCGCAGUCCGACAAGAUUCUUAGGGAGCUAUCCAAGAUGCGGAGUCAGCGAACCACACAUGAUAGAGAUACUCAAAGGGUCGCGGACAAGGACGGAGAAGAGCGCAAACAUAAAUUGAAGAAAGCGAAGAAGCGUGAACCCGACGAUGAGAGACCUUUGGCUGUUGGUGCACAUGGCGUGGCAAGACAGGAUGGAGUGGAUGUUCACAAAGACAACUCAUCUAAUAUGUCUUCACCGAUAUCUCAACCGCCACCCUCGGCCACUGGCACAGGUCCCGCGGAUGCGCCAUCUCCAAGUGAAUCAGAGGCUUCCCACCAACCUCCACCAGCUCCUGCGGUCCCGCAUUUCCAGACAUUCGGACCGGACCCAUCCAAAUUCGACGAUCCGACUAUCUACCACAUUCGAGAAGUCACUCCUGGAAUGUCUGAGGAGGAGAUCAAGGAGAUUUAUUGUGUCGCCGAGUAUCCCCCUUCAGACUUGCAUGACCUCACGCCAGGAACUCCGCCGGAUAAGGAUUUCUCAAAUGCCAAGCCUGCCAAUCAGGUCAACGCUUCGGUCUUCGCUAACUACGUCGAGCCCUACAUUCGCCCACUGGUUGAAGAAGACGUUGCGUUCCUGAAGGAGCGAGGAGAUAGACAAUUGCCCUUCAGUAUCCCUAGACCAGGGCUGAGACAUUAUAAAGAUGCCUGGGCCGAUGAAGAUGGCGCCAUGAACAUCGAUUCAAAUGAUAGCCGUUUGCCGGCGCAUGAAGCACGGGGUUCCUAUGACGACUUCGGCGACGACGUCCUGGGUGGUGAAAGUAUCUCCGCCGGUCCAUUACUCUCGCGCCUUCUGAGUGCUCUUCGUCCUGAAGGCCGAGGCAUUCAGUCAAGUGACACUAACGGUAUCAACAUCGAUGCCAUGGAUAUCGACGAGGGAGCCGAUGCGCCCACCGACAAUGCGAACAACAACUCUGCUCCCGCCGCUACGCAGCUUUCGGAAUUGGUGCAGCCCGGGUGGAAAGCGCCUCCUGCUCCCACUAAGACCGAUUACGCUCAUUUGGACGAGCGUGUCCUCAUGGAAGUGAAGCAUUACGGUCUGAUUACCGACGGUGACGAUAGCGUAGCUGACUAUCCUGCUCAUUUCGACGACGAAGUGUCUGCCCGCCUCCGACUUCUCCAGGCUGAAUUACGAAAGCAGAGCGUAAUCAAUGGAGCAAGGAAGCAACGCCUUCUAGAGCUAACUGAGGAGCGUAUGGCGCAACAGGAAUACAACACGAUCGCGGACGAUCUCGAUAACCAACUUAACUCUGCCUACCUGAAACGUAACAGGAAUAUCGGUAAGGGCAAGAAGCAGGCCAAACGACCUGGUGGUGCCGGUGGAGGCAAUCAGGCAGCCGCGAAUGCGGGCAUUAGCCGACCUGGCGUAGGCGAACCGAUUAGGAUUCUCAUGGAGAGGAAGAGUCAGUGGAAUAGCACCAUUGGACCAGUGGUCAACUAUGGCAAGACCGGAUUGCCCGAGGAGAGCAUAUUUCCUGAAGACAAGAUGAAGAUUCUGGAAGACAGAGAGGUGGAAAUCUGGAACAUCGAGCAAGAGGAAUAGGAAAAUCCUGGAAAUGGGUAUUGGGCGUCGAUCAAUGGCACGGAAUCUAGGAAAGGCGUUUGCUUUUAAUUAUUACGUUAAUGGCUAGAAUCAACUGCCUCAGCAUGGUGUUCCUGGGAGGGUUUAGUUAUUCAAUGCUGGUUGUUGGAACAGGCUCAUUGACCACAUUGGCAGGUCAUGUUAUAGGGUUUUGGUGAUCACAGCCUUAAACAGAAGGUUCUUCUUCC